AGUCGCUUGUUGAUAAGAAGGGCGUUAAAUUGGUUUUCAAUGAACUUGCAAAGGCCACAGCAGUUUAUUGUAAUGGGCACCUUUUCAUUCAACAAUACAAAUUGUAUUUCAUGAAGCCGGAUUUUAGGGUUUAGGCCUUAAGUAUUUGUGUGUCGGCACGAUAUCGUUGUAGUUCUCGUCAGUCGUGGUGUUAAUAUUUCGGAUCUCUGGCAGCCAGAUUUGCUGCCUGCUUGCGAAGGCACUGGUUGACAGUUAGAAUCUGAUGACACUAUAAACCGCACAGCAGCAGCAAACCGAACAUCGCUAGUGCUUUUUCCCACGUCAAUAAAUACGCAGAGGUACCGCGAGCAGAUUGUCAACCUGCUGCUUGUCACGUCGAAAAAUAACCUGUCCGUGAGGCCUUGUUUUUCGCCAGAUUUGCAUGCUUUGCUGUCGUCUGUGACCUGUUCUGAAUAUCAAAUUGUCCAUUGUCAAAAUCAGAUAAUUUUGUCCCACUUGUUGCGGUUGGUGAUUUUCGUGUGCCUCAUCAAACAAAUCGGAAUUAAACUGGCUACCAUACAAGCAUCGGUUGGAACAGCGAGAGAAUAAGGAAAUCUUUAAACACUUUAUUAUGCUCCGUCGCUGAUGAGCAGAAGUGAAUUGCAGAUGCAUCUGCUGUCUGCCAUCAUAACAUCAGAGAAGUCAUACUAGGUACGAGUAGCAGAACAUUGGUGAUUGCAUGGCAGCAUAUCGAGAUAUCGCGAGGUGAAGGAAAAAAGUGUGCCACCUCAUCUAUUUUGUCUAGCGCGACGAGCCUGACGGACGACACUGUUGGGUACUUCAUAGUUGGGUGCAAAAGAUAGGCGCAGUGGGAGCCAACCAUCAUUUCAACUGGCUGGAUUUGCUGCAGACAGCCGAAUUAGAAGAAACCGUUAAGAGUUUGAAUGCCCAACCAACGAUAAGAACCGAGGCUCAGAAUGCGUCGCAACACACGUGUCCUACUGAAGUACGCAUUGGUUGGUGGCUUCGUGCUGCUGUUCAUCAUUCUGAUCGUGCGUUCGUUCAGUGUGGUAGACAGUCAAAACCAUCUGAACGGGGACCAUCAGCCGGAGUCGCUGGCUCAGAGGCAGCAACCCCACAAAAAGCAAGGCUCGUUUUUCAACGGGCCAGCUAAAAAUGUGUACCGGAAGCGGAUCGAUUGGCACGACUAUCGGUUGAUAGAGGAAGAAGCUAAACGGAGCGGCGUUGGGGAACACGGAAAAUCUGCACAUUUGGAGAAGAAAGAUCUAGCCAUGAAGGAUAAGCUGUUCAAGAAGAAUGGUUUCAAUGCUGUGCUAAGUGAUUUGAUUUCGCUGAAUCGAUCGCUGCCCGAUAUUCGGCACAAGGAUUGUAGGAAGAAAAAGUAUUUAACCGAGUUGCCUACGGUGAGCGUGGUGGUUCCAUUCUAUAACGAACACUGGAGCACGUUGCUGAGGACGGCUUCGAGUGUACUGCUCAGAUCGCCGCCGGAAUUGAUAAGUGAAAUUAUUUUGGUUGAUGAUUGUAGUACAAAAGAGUUUUUGAAGGACCAGUUGGACCAAUAUGUAGCAGAGAAUAUGCCUAAAGUAAGAGUGAUUCAUUUGCCUGAACGGUCUGGGUUGAUAACGGCUCGUUUGGCUGGUGCAAAGGUGGCCACGGCUGAUGUCUUGAUCUUUUUGGACUCCCACACGGAAGCGAGUGUAAAUUGGCUGCCACCGUUGUUGGAUCCGAUCGCUGAAGAUUAUAGGACCUGUGUGUGUCCGUUCAUUGAUGUUAUCGAUUGGGAUACGUUCGAGUACCGAGCACAGGAUGAAGGAGCUAGGGGAGCCUUUGAUUGGAAGUUUUACUACAAAAGAUUACCGCUGUUGCCGAAAGAUUUGGCCAAUCCAUCGGAACCUUUCGAAAGUCCUAUAAUGGCAGGUGGACUGUUUGCCAUUAGCUCAAAGUUCUUCUGGGAACUGGGAGGAUAUGAUGAGGGAUUAGAUAUUUGGGGAGGAGAGCAGUAUGAACUGAGUUUUAAAAUUUGGCAGUGCGGUGGUCGUAUGCUGGAUGCGCCUUGCUCCCGCGUGGGACACAUUUAUAGAGGCUAUGCUCCAUUUGGAAACCCUAGGAAGAAAGAUUUUCUCACUAAGAACUACAAAAGGGUGGCUGAAGUUUGGAUGGAUGAGUACAAAGAAUAUCUGUAUAUGAGAGAUAGGAAAAAGUACGAAAAUACGGAUGCUGGAGAUCUAUCGAAACAGAUAGCCAUCCGUGAAAAACUGCAAUGCAAGUCUUUCAAGUGGUUCAUUGAAAAUGUUGCUUUUGAUUUGGUGGAAAAAUAUCCACCGAUAGAACCGGCCGAUUUCGCCAACGGUGCAAUUCAGUCUGUUGCUCAUCCAGCGUUGUGCGUUGACACACUAAAUAGUGGAGAGAAGGGUACCAUAGGGCUGUUCCCGUGUGCCUCCGAUAAGGUGCAGCCACAAGCGAACCAGUACUUCCAGCUUUCGUGGCAUCGAGAUCUCAGGAUAAAGUUCGGUGAGAUGUGCUGGGACGUUUCGGAAAGUGUUCCGAAUGCCAAAAUUUUACUGUUCCAUUGCCACGGAGGCCAGGGCAACCAGAUGUGGCGUUACGACGCGGACAGUCAAAUGAUAAAGCAAGGCCGAAACAACCGGUGUCUGGAUAUGGAUGCCAACAAGAAGGCUGUUUUCGUUAAUCCUUGCAGUGAUAGUAAUCCAAACCAACGAUGGAAAUGGGGAUACGUUAAUAUGACUGCCAUCAGAAAUUGGAAAUCAUACGGAGCGAAGCUUAUUGAUUAAGUUCAUCAGAAGAAAAAUUUGUUGACUGAUUGUUAGAUGCUCAAAGUUCUUUCGUGCUGUAAAUUGUUUAAAAAAAAGACAUUCAGAGAAGAUUUGUGAAAAGCUUUCCAUUUAUUAAGCUACUAUGUUUAUUACUUUGUGAACAAAUAGUCUCUACUUGCCAUAGAAACAUUCCAACCACGUUCGGAUGGUUCUGAAAAUGAUAAUCACAAUAAUAACAACAACAAAAACUUACAUAUCUAGUCUAUAAGAUUAAAAUUUAUGGUCCAAAACGAAGGUUAUGCAAGAAGACAACAACGAAAAAUAAUUAAGCAAAGAUUUCGAACGCCAACACAGUAGGUAAUAUCACAAGGAUAUGCAAGCAAUAAAGUAUUACCUUUUUUGAAACAUCAA